UGUUUCUGUAGAGCUCCGCCCCCUUUAGCAGUAAGCUAGUGUGCGGCGGUGACACAGUAAUGUCCUUCCCCGCCAACUUGGAUGCUCACGACGUGAUGAAGACCAAGGAGACAAAGUCAGCCACACAGUAGGUGUCAGGCAGCCCUGUCCACUGGCUGCAUACCAAACAGUGUAGAUAGGGUAAACAAAAUCUACAGUCCGACACUGGACCGCUUUGCAGCCGGGGCGUGAAUGAAGACAGGCAGCUCAUCAGCAAGCCCUGAGCUGGCUUAUCCCAGACCAGAGAGGAGACCUCGUUCAGGGUGAAUGUGAGGGAUCUUUGGCGAGCAGAGGCCUGAAGGCAUUUCAAUUUUUGAGAUGUCAGUCAAACAACCAGACGGGAUGUCCAUCGCCCAGGCUUUGGCCAUGACUGUGGCCGAGAUACCAGUGUUUCUCUAUUCCACAUUUGGGCAGUCCAUAUUUUCUCAGCUGAAGCUCAGCCCGAACUUGAAGAAGGUGCUGUUCGCCACAGCGCUGGGAAGCGUCGCUUUGGCGCUUACCGCUCAUCAGCUGAAAAGAAGAGGGAGGAAACGUAAGCAGGCGGUACAGGGGAAGGAGGGCCAGAAGACUGUGGGAAUACCUGAGGCACUGAUGAAGACAGGACGACCUUCGUCAUUAAAGAGAGGUCAGAUUACUGGCCGACAGAUGAUGAGUCCAAGCACGCGGAGCAAUGACACCAUGAGUGGAAUUUCUUCCCUGGCCCCCAGUAAACACUCAAGUUCCUCACACAGCCUGGCAUCUAUGCGGGUCCCGAGCUCUCCAAAUCAGUCUGUUAAUCCAUCCACCCCCUGGGAAGCAGAGCCUGUGGUGGAGGAGUCCGGGGCAGUGGACGAUGCAAACGCAGAGAAUCUCUAUUUAAUGGGAAUGGAGCUGUUUGAGGAAGCGCUCCAAAAGUGGGAACAGGCCUUGAAUAUUCGUCAUCCCACACACUCGAGCUCCAGCAACAACAGCCUUGCUCUGCAGGGUGCAGCGUGUGGAGACUUUCCUAUGGUUGAAGCCCGUAAUAAAGUGUUUGCUGAGAAGCUGGAGACAUUACUGCACAGGGCGUAUCACCUACAAGAAGAUUUUGGUAGCAGUAUCCCAACAGACAGCGUGCUGGCAGACUUCGAGAGUGAAGGAACUCUUAUCUUGCCUACGGUGGAGAGUUUCCACCGACUGCGGGAUGACGAUGCGACUACAGUUACCUCUGACGACUCCUUUUUCUCGGCUGCAGAGCUAUUUGAUGCCAUGUGUCUGGGAGACGUCUACCAGACACUGAAGCCAGCAGCUCUCUAUGAAGAAGCCGUGUGUCUGGUCCGGGAGAGCAAAGUGGCUUAUCGGUCUCUGAGGACUGAAUUACUGGAAUGUUUUGGUGACCAAGACUUCCUGGCCAAGCUUCACUGUGUGAGACAAGCGUUUCAGAUGCUGUUGUUAGAUGAAACUCACCGCACGUUUUUCAUGGAGACCGGGAAGCAAAUGAUUACAGGCUUAAUGGUGAAGGCAAACAAGAGUCCCAAAGGCUUUCUGGAGAGCUACGAGGACAUGCUGCUGUACACUCAGAGGGAGGAGACGUGGCCCGUCACUAAGAUGGAGCUGGAGGGCAGAGGGGUGGUGUGUAUGAACUUUUUCGAUAUCGUGUUGGACUUCAUCCUGAUGGAUGCGUUUGAAGACCUGGAGAGCCCGCCCUCCUCUGUGGUAGCUGUUCUGAGGAACCGCUGGCUCUCUGACAGCUUCAAAGAGACAGCUCUUGCAACAGCUUGCUGGUCUGUCCUCAAAGCGAAAAGACGUCUUCUUAUGGUUCCAGAUGGUUUUAUCUCCCACUUCUAUGCCAUAUCAGAACAUGUGAGCCCUGUAUUAGCUUUCGGCUUUUUGGGACCCAGGCAGCACUUAAGUGAAGUGUGCACAAUCUUCAAGCAACAAAUCGUUCAGUACCUUAAGGACAUGUUUGAUCACGACAAGGUCCGCUUCACCUCCACUCAGUGCUUGGCUGAGGACAUCCUGAACCUUUCCCACCGGCGCAGUGAGAUUUUACUGGGUUACCUGGGAAUCGAUAGUCUCAUGGAGCUCAACGGUGCCCUUCCCAGAGACACAGAGGGCUCAUCUGGGUCCAACAAAGACAGCUACGGUCACUGAGAGCUUCAUACAGGCUGGAAACAGUGGGCUGGCUGACCAGGAGGGAACGGCAAGGACUCGCAGUUCAGCAUCUGUACUUCCACAUAAGACCGGAAUCAAGUUAUGAGUCCAGGCAUUAUGCAUUCAAACGUGUAUUCAUCAAAAUCAACUACUGUAAGAGGAUAUUCCCCCCCCCCCACCAGAUCUACUGUCUCGAUGGUCCUCAGUUAAUAAGAGAGACUGUUGGAUAUGACUCUGUCUCUCUUGUUAUCAGCUGCUGUCGCGUAUCAAAGAAAUGCCUACUGUAGUCAUGUGAUCUCAGACGUGUGAGGACUCGUCUCUGCCUUGUUUCGUUACAUCGACACUUCUUGAAAACCCACCUGACAGAAGCUCCGACAACACGAAGACCGGGCCUUCUACACUGUAACUCCACAUGGAUCAAGUCUUUUCGGAGAACAUGUGGCUUCACUGUAACUUUCCUUUUAAGCUGACUUGUGGAAUUUAAUUGGACAUCAAGGUUUUUGUUAUUAUGUGAACAGAAAUAGUAUCAGAGUCAAAGCAAAGGUUUUUUUUUUUUUUACUUUAAAGGGGGAAGGAGUUUUGUUAACUGUGAUGAUUCCAGAUGUGCUCGGCCAGCUGUAGACUUGUGCUGCUGCAUGAUGGACCCUAAUGGAUUUGUCACUUCAGUUACUGUCCCUUAAUCUUCUUUUAUCUGAAGAAAUAUCUGCCCCAAGUGGUUCAAUCAAGAACAAGAGGAUGCCAAAUAUUCCAAAAAGUCUACUCAAUUUAAAAAAAAAAAAAUGUUAAGAUGACAUACUUCAUCAUCUUUCAGAGUCACAGUGAUCCUUCAGAAUUUAUCUAACAAAUGAUAAACAUCUAUCAAACUGAGGUGGCAUGAAAAGAAACUUCCCACUUCCCCAUCUGAUUACAUCCCAUGUAGGAGAAUUGUUCGUUUUGAAAUUGGAACAGAGCAAAAAUUCUGUUAACGUGCUCUCAGGAAGUAACGAGUAUUGUAGCUUGAAAUCAAUAUAAGGGCGUGAGUAAUGCAGUGCUUCAUGUUUGUUUGUUGUUUUGUUAUUCUUGAGUUCAUUUAUUUAUUGUUUGAGACAUUUAAUUUCCUUCCAAACAUUUUGAUCUGAACUGUACAACGUGCUCAUCUUUGAUUCAUAACACAGAAAAUUUGGCAAAAUGCUUGACAUUGUAUAGAACAAAUAAUCCAAAAGGUAAUAUCAAGGUACAAAUCAGAGCACUGAGAAUAUAGUAAAGUGUCUCGUGUGGUGGAAGGAAUGACUCGGAUGUUAUUUAAAAUCAUAGUGAUGGCUUUAUUGUGAUCAAGUGUCCCAGUAAGCGGUGACAAAAACAGCGUGCACAGUGCUGAAACUGAUGCAGCUAAAGAGAAUACAGACAGCUGUCACUCAUUUUAUUAUUCACGUUUUCUUUUUUCUUUUUUUACUUGAGGUAAAAAUGUCAAAAUGUCUCCCACAAAGAAAGGCUUCCUACUGCUGUAACAAACAGCAGAGACUUGAGAAAGAGGAAAAAAAAAUCAAUCAGUGCCAUCUACUUUUGAAAUAAACUCGAGGCCUAAUGAGAGGAUGAGCCCUCAGUGAAGACACCCCUCAUCCCAAUUAUACCCCUGUGCCCUACUGAGGAGUUAUAUAACCCACCCAGUGGCCCUUAGUUGCCCCUGCAACCAGCAUUGCCAACUCCAAAAGACCCAGGCUCCAUUGAUGCGAGCUCCAGGUUGUCACAGUUUCCAAUAGUAACUACCCUACCCUUCCACAUGGCCCCUUCUGACCCCUCCACAACUAAACUGUGUAGACUGGUGGGCAGCAAGAGCCAGGACAACACAGUUGUUGUCAAGUAGGAACCUCCCUUCACUGUUGUUUUGUCCAAUUAGUCAACAUCUUGGGAAGGCUGGACAGUGAGCUCCGGUGUCCCAGAGUCCCCCCCCCCCCUCAAGCUAGCUCAAUCACCACAUCAUGCCCACAUGUAGAACUUCUAUAUCUUAUACCCUACCUUGACAGCCUUGUCAACAUCAACAGACCUAGACUUAGCAAGAGUAUUGUUGUUUUGGUUCUGAUUUCAUGAUGACCUUUAGUGAAGAACCUGUUAAUGUACAGUGUGACUUUAAUUGAAGUUUACAGAGGCCCUGAUAGGACAUGCAUCCAUACUUUUUAUUCAGUCCAUUUUCACAUCAUUUUCAAUCAUUUCCUGUUUUUCUCUCAAGAUCUCGACUUAUCACAUCAAUGAGUCUAUUGUUUGGUUUUCUAGAUCACCAGAAAGUGGUUUGUUGAAUCAAGAUAUUGAGUUACACUAAUCUGGUAUAAUUGGAAAACCAUCUGUUUUUUUUAUGCAGAGGUAAUCUGAAGAAAACAACUGAAAUGUUCUCUUAUCAUAGGAAAACCAGCGUAAUCUCAAGAUACUGAGAUUUCGAGAAAACCAGGAAGGAUUUAUUAUACCGUGAAAACGGAGCAAAUAAAAUCUACGGUUGCAUGUCUGAUCAGCUCUUCUGUAGAAAUUAGAGAUGUUCUGAUGCCAUUGUUCCUUCCUUAUGCUGUUUCAGAUGCACAGACUCGCGUUUCGGGCCGAUACCAAUGCCUCCUCAGACAGUAGUCUGAUUCAAAAUAAAUGAUUCUGUCGGACACUACCCUCAAGCAGUUUCCUCCUGUGGUCCUCCCAUGGAAACCUCCACUACUGUAAAAAGAGAUUUCUGAAUGCAGACUGUUUAAGAAACUAGAGUACUGAAUGAUUUUGAUGGACAGAUUUGUUAUUUUGAGCGUUAGAAACACAGAAUGUAUGCUUACUGCUGCCUGCAUGAAUCAGAAAAGGGAAGACACUUCUAUCAAAUCAUUUUGGGUUGCACAGAUUUUUAACAUUUUAUCACACAAAUAAGAGGAGGUCUGCUCUUUGUUAUUCAUUCUCAUAACCGUGCAAUCCAAAUCUACUGCUAUCGUUACGACACACCUCUGAUAGAAGGAUUUGCUCUUACACUUUGCGAUACAAUACCAUCGUGUUGUCUUUAAAAACUGUACUUGAUGUCUUAAAAGUCGGCAUUGUUGGAUUCUUUCGGCCUCUGUCUGUAAAUAGAGCUUUUUACUCAACAUAGUAUAGUUCUUUGUUUUUGACAGACGUGCAGCUUCGUGUUUUUAAGCAUUUUGCACUUUAUCAGAAAAAGCAGGAAGAUUCAGGAAACAGCCCUUAUUUGAAUGAUCUGUUCAAGAGUUGAACAAACAUAUUGAAUUAUUUAUUGCAACCUAUGACUGAAAAAGUAUAUGUAAGUUAGAGCAUAAGAAGUGUACAGUAGAAAAACUAUCUUUACGAUGAAAGAAAUGUAUUAUGGUAAUCUUUUAUUCUAUCCAAAGUUUGAGUUUUCAUCCUUGAAAUGUUGAAAGUUUUCAUACUUUGACCACAUGUGGUUCCAUCCCUAAAGCUGCUUUAAGAAAAAAAAAAUGUCUCCCCUGUUAUUGUAGAGUAUAUAAUAUAUUUGCAACAAUAUGCAUCUUGCAGGUGAAUGCAUUUAUGCUAUUGUUUAGUCCUGUGUUCACAUAUUGGCCUGCUUUUUCUGUAUCUGUAGAGAAGAUGAAUUUCUCCAAAAAGCCUUCGCAUGUUAAGUGUAAAAUUCUCUGAAAUGUAUCAUGAAUCAGUAUAUCCCUGCAACAGUUAGACGCGGACUCAGCUCUAUAGUUGUCAUUAGUUUAGAUCAUUUCAAUUAGGAAUCAGCUAAAGAAAACAUUUAGGAAGCUAAAAUCAUAUGAAGCCAUGGUGUCAGCGUGGACUCUCAUACUUAGACGUACAUUUGUUAGAGUAAAGGAAUCUCAGACGGCCAAAAUGUGGAAAAAAAUUGAAAUUUUUCAUUUCUUUUGCAAGUCACUGCUGUACAUACCAAGUGUCCUAUCCAUGCCUUCUGUCUUUUGUAUUGUUAACUUUCAUGUCAGCACAAACUGUAAAUUGAUUUUGAUUCUCCAUGUUAAAUGUUAUUUUUGUUAUUAAACAUGUUUAUUAUGCCUUUUCCCAAAA